AUGAUAUCCAGAGCCGAGCAGAUCAACACGCUACGUGCCGAGAAUGAAGCCAAAGUCCUUGCCAAGGAAGAGUUGCAUAAAAAGCAGUGGCAGGCAGUUCGUGCUACUCAAGCACGGAACGCCUUCCUGAAGGACAAGGCGAGGCAGCUGAGGGAGGCCUCGAAGGGUGCUGUGUUGGAAAGUAAGCGGCAUCUUGUACGGGAAGGUAGAGAGGAACAGAUGAAGUUACAACAACAGAAGCAGGAGAAGUGGAUCAGGGAUAU